UCAGCUUCACUAUAACAGUUCAGGUUGUGGCGGCAUUGCCUGAAGUCCUUCAAACGUUGGGAUUGUUGCCAUAUCUUUUUUGCGGAAAUUAAAAAGAAAAUUACUCGGUUUGGAAGACGAAAGGAUUUCAGGUCCGCUCCAACAUCCAGCUAAAAUAAUCAGAUAAUCCCCGGACUCCCACAUUGAGGGGGGCAGACCGGGACCGGCGGGACAUAUUCUGCUUACUUUUACUGCGCAAAACAAAGUAGCCUACUGAAGAGUCUUAUUAUACGUAUUUUUAUUGUGGAGCAGACGGAUCGCAUGCAUAAAGCGCUCAGACAUCCAGGGCAUUUUUCAAAGCCUGUCUUUCUGUGGACUUGUCAGUGAGGCAUCAAAGUGAAGGGGGCUAAACAAGGAUUCAACGUUUGGGAUGCGCGGGAUUCAUUGACCUGAAAACUGCUAUCCGAAUUUAUCCUAAUCGCAUCUAGUGCUUUCUCACGACUUUUCGGACUGUAGCAUCAGAUUGAGAGCGCAUCUGUUCACAAUUACACGAGCUCUGGCUGUAAUCUCGAUACCUGGUUGCCUACAAAACUCUUCUCUGCACAUACUCGCGUUUAUUACGGAUCAUCUGCAGACGUCGCGUUAAGUGCAGUUUUAUUCACAAUUCUCGUCGACUUUCUGUGCCGUUGUGAAGGGUUGGACUGAAGUGGAUAGUGUCGAAGUUGCAUGAAUUACAGAGUCGCCCCGUGAUCAGAUCGCGAUACCAGUUCGGAUAUUUGUCACAAGGCGUAAAGUGCGAUGGCGAUGUUGGCGACUUUUUGGAUACUCCUGCUGGUUGCUUGGAACGCUCCAGCGGGGAAUGGGCAGGCAGUGCAGACGGACCCCAGCAAAUCUGGAUUCGUGGGUGAUACGGUCGAGCUGCGCUGUCUCUUCAUCAACAGUAAACCACCAGUGAAGAUCUCUCAGGUCACCUGGCAAAAGCUGAUAAAUGGCACCAAGCAAAACGUGGCCACCGCUAACCCGGCUUUGGGAGUAUCAGUUCUGCCCCCUUUCAAAGACCGCGUGAGCUUCAAGCAUCCUGCGGUGCGCCAAAGAACCCCUUCUUCUCUAGAAGACACCACCAUUGUGUUCACCAGCCUGCGGCUCUCUGAUGAGGCGGCCUACAUAUGCGAGUACACCACCUUUCCAGCAGGAAACCGGGAGAAUAUGGUCAACCUGACUGUUUUUGCGCUACCAGUGACCAAGAUGAUGUUGACUUCACCCACCAUCGUCGCACGGACACCCAAGCAUAAGAUGGCCGUGGCCACCUGCACGUCGGCUAACGGCAAGCCUCCCAGCGUCAUCAAAUGGGAAACCAAUCUAAAGGGCGAGGCCUCAUUCCAGGAAACACGCAAUCCCAACGGCACAGUGACCGUACGCAGUAACUACAUCGUGGUGCCCAGCCGUGAGAGCCACAAACAGAAACUCACCUGCGUCGUCACCUACCGCGCAGAACGCUAUACAGAGAGCGUCAUACUCAACGUCCAGUAUGAACCAGAAGUGAAGAUUGAGGGUUUUGAUGGCAACUGGUACCUGAAUCGUCAAAAUGUGCAGCUAACCUGCAACGCAGACGCCAACCCGGCCGUCACCGUCUACCAGUGGAAAUUGCUCAAUGGAUCUCUUCCCAACAAUGUUGAAAUCAAGAACAACACCCUGUUCUUCAAAGGCCCAGUGACUUAUGAGCUUGGAGGAACGUACAUCUGCGACGCCACCAACAGCAUCGGUACACGCUCGGGGCUGGUAGAGGUCAACGUGACAGAAUUCCCUAUUCCCUACCCAACUCUCGUGAGCCGUACGACCCCACUGGAACAGCACGGUUCUGGAGCGGCCAUCGGCGGGGCGGUGGGUGGCGUGGCACUGCUGAUCGUCGCCAUCGCUCUUCUGGUCUUCUUCCUGAGGCGUCGUCAGCGCACCUUCAAGGGCGACUACAGCACCAAAAAGCACGUGUUUGGCAAUGGGUACAGCAAGGCGGGGGGAAUACCAACACAUCCACCAGUGCCUAAGAACCUACAGUACCCCGACGAUUCGGACGAUGAAAAGAAACCCGCCCAAAUUACCGGGCCUGGCAGUUUCGAAGGCGGCGAUCGGGAUUUCGAUGGCAAUUCCGAGGAUUUGAAGAGACCCUAUUUCACCGUAGACGAAGGCGAGAGUCGCGAUUACGACGAACGGACUCUAGCUUUCCAGUACGACCCCGAACCAGAGAUCACCGACGACAUGGUGUCCCAAACCGACGGCUCUGUUAUUUCAAAGAAAGAGUGGUACGUGUAAAGCGGCAUGCAAUGGAAUGGAAACAAAAAAGAGCAACAACCUUUUGCCCUAUCCUGCAUCCAAUACCACCCAACCACCUCCAUCACUACAACCCUCCAUGUGUUUAUCUCUACCUGCACCUCACCCCAGCCCCUCACCCGGUAACCUUAUCAGAGCCCAUCAAAAUAAACAGCUGUAGAAAAACAGCUCGCAGCAUCAACAUCAUUAAAUAUCCACAUGCUUUUGAAAAAAAAACUGCAAGAGGUAUUCUCACGGACUGAGACCAGUCAACAUCCACUAAGGCUGGACAGGCAGGUUGCUUGAAAAUAUUACAUUGUAUUAUCAUUUUUGCCUCAUUUUGUUGUCAUAAAUGUAUUAAAUGUGUAAAAAGAGACUGUAACUGUUUUGGGAAGGGGUAUUUUGCUGGUCAUAUUGUGAAAGUCAUACACUGGAUGUACGAUUUUUUUUUAUAUCAUAUUGAUUUUACUUUAAUGGACUUUUUGUUUGUCUGUUUUGUAUAAUCUUGCUUUUAUAUGGAGUGUUGGUUACCAAAAAAAGGGGGAACUUAAUAUUAGAUAUUCUUGCCGAUACAUGUAUGAGGUCAGAGGAUAAAUUAGCUCAAUAUUGUUUUAUGUAAGCAAUUCUGCCAUUUUGGUGAAACCAGUUCGCCACAGUAAUAAUUCAAAAGACCCAGAGUUAUGUUGUCCGAAUGUGGCAUUUCAACACAAUGGGAAAAAAGGACAUCUUUUCAAAACCAGUAUUUAUUUUAAGACCCAUCUACGAGGGUUCUGCAUCUCAAAGCGCCCAUAUGCAGCAUUAGUCAUAUAGCGCAUAGCUGGCAAAAAUGGAGCAUAGACAGAUAAUGCAACCCUCACGCGUCUCCAAUGCUGUAUACUGAUAAGAGUGUGGGGUUGAUGUGUUUGAGAAAAUCCCACAGCUCCUCAGUCUUAGCAUUCAUCACGUGUCGUCUUUCCAUACCCGGAUCCAGACAUAAAAGGCUAAUCCUGUAUAUUAUGGUGUUGUUUUAAAGACAGAACCUGUUUGUUAUUUAGAUUUGGUGAUGUGGAGUGGUGGAUUUUGACCUACAAAUGUUUCAAUGAUAAUGUUUAGUUUCACAGGAUGUUGUUUUUACAAGCACCAUUUAGGGCCUUUCUGCUGGACACUGGAGAACGUAGCAUUAAAGGCAAGGGUCAUGGGAAUUUGCAAAGUCUGGAGCCAAAGGUAAACUUGGCAGCGACCGGCUCCCAUUGGCCGAAAAAUACAGGCACGAGCAUGAAACCACCUGCUGGAUAUUCGAAAGCACAGUGCUGCUAGUCUGCAGUCAGGAAUGCUUUCCAAACGCUGUACCUGAUCCUCUAAAAGGAGCACAUUUGUUGGCUACAUAUUAAUCAACAUUUCAAUAAAUGAAACGGCAUCAAUGUUUUUCGCGAAAUGGCGCAAAAGACACGUAAAACUUUCAGCGCAAGUCGGAAUUCAUCUAUACACAUGGACAUCGGUCUGCACCAAACCGUACGGACAUCCAAGCCUUAUUUUAUUGCAUGUGUUUCGCUUUCGUUUGGUCGGUUUAGCCAGAGACUUGAUGUUUCUCAAGAGAUCCACCAGGGUAUUGGAGUUUUGUGUUUGUGAAAGGGUGGGCGGUAUUCACCGAAACGAUUUCAUUUCCAGAGACAAAUAAGCUCACCGACUGCAUCCAUAAUGCCCUCCAGACUCUAAAAAGAAUGCAUUAGUGGAAUUUAUCAUGAAAUAUUUAAUUCCCUUGUCUGCCUUAAACAGGGCUCUGGAUAAGAAAUAGAGAUCAGGAUGCUGAAUCGCUAUAAUCACACAUCAGACAAUCCAUGAGGACCCAAGGAAACGCUAGAUGAAAGCCACUUAUACGAGCCGGUCCAGACCGAAUCUGAAAUGCACUGAAGCAAAAAUACGCAGAUUUGAUGGAUUUCAACAUGUGGGUGUAUCACUGUACACUCCUUAAAUGAUCAUCAAAUUAGCAUAUUUGAAUACCUGAAUUGGCCGGUUGCAUAAAACUUUAAGGCUAGUCUUAAAAGUUAGUCAUGAAUUUUUUUCUUCAAGACUGAUCAUAACUGUUUUAAGUAUGUUACAUAGAAAGGUAGAUUGGUUUUAUUUAAAUACAAAUAAUAAAACUGAUUAGCCCUAACUAAUUGCUAGUUAGUCAGAAUCAUUCUUAAGACGCAGUCUUAAUGUCACGGCUAUGUUUAUGCAACCGGCCAGGUGUAGAACAUGUGUACUUCGAAUACAUGAAAGUCUCAAAAUAUAUAUAGUCUCAAUUCACUUUUAUCUACGUUGCAUAUUAAUUAAAAACUCAAUGCUAGACCACAUGCUCACACAUUUUCCCUAAAACAAUCCACAUGAUGAAAAACUGUACAUUUGUCGCUUAGUUUGAUGAUUAUAUUUUAGCUUAACUCAAGUGAAUGUGCAGCGUUAUUCAAAUUGCAGUGCCUAUGAUGUGAGAUGUAAGGUUUUACUUUUUUAUGUCCGAAACUUGUACAUAUUUGAUUUAUAUUUUUUUUUUUUUAUCGUGUCCUGUCUGCAGUGUUACUGUACAUCGUUUUAGACAGUAGCAUGACAAUAUCAUAAACAUAUCACGAGUCUGAAAUCUCAUCGCCUGGACUUCAAGUAUUACGGAAGAUGCAGGUUUGUUUUUAAACUUUUAUGAAUUCACGCAUUUCUUUGCUUCGAUAAAUUAAAAGCGGGCCAUCGCUGGUCCGUCGACAGCUUAAAAAAUAAAACAUUGCUGCAAGAUCAGUCGGACUGGCAUUACUUCAGCUAAAGCACAAGCUUUUUUCUAAUCGUUUUUUGUUAUUUUUUGCUUCUGUCUCAUGAACAGACUGUUUUGAUCCCUGUGCACCCAGGGGUUUGUUUAUUGAGGGUCCUUUUUAUUUUUGUCAAGCUAAGCACAAGUAACUUAUCCACCAAAAGGCUGUAAUGACAUGUAAGAAGACUCGAGCUAUUAUAAUUCAUUUUCAAAAACCAUAUCGGCCGUUUGUUUUGUCUGGUGGCGCAGUUGAUGUUAAGGCUUUUCCGCACAAGCGCAUGGGCGUACAUAAACGUUUUUCUUUUUUUUAAGAAAGAUAUAGCUGUAAAGUAUUGAUUUUUGUAUUCCUUUUUGAUAUUUUCGUCCGGUUGGAGUCUCGGUUUUCUCAUUCCACUGUGUCUUGUCUUUCUAACUGCCCACUUCAAAGCCUGACAUUCCACUGUAAAUAAUGUAAUGUAAGUUGGAGAUUAUAGCUGGGUUUACUGUACUGUAUGUAGAGGGAACAGAAGCAGCGUGGAGUCUGCAAAAUAAUUUAGACAGCUCAGUUUGGUUGGAGAUAUAUAGCUUAUUGCCAUAAAUCUACUUUAACAUUGACUUUGGUAGAUACGUUUUGAUAUGUCAAUGGCUUCUGUAUAGAGGCGUGGGGCCGAUGCGUUACGAUGACUUUGUACAUAACUGCAACAAAACAAACGAAAAAAGCAUAAAACAAACAAAAAGAAAGAUCUUGUCUUCAUGCAGCCGUGUGAAUGUAUGUCUGCUGAGGUCGGUAAUGAUAUGAAAAAUAUAUAUAUUGUUCACAUGUGUUGACCCAGUGAAGUAAACUGUAUUUGCUUUAAAACAUUAAAAUGAUUUCAAUGUUCAAA